UAUAAAGGGCAGCUGCAGAAAGCCUGCUCUGCACGGGCUUGGAGCUGGAGUGGCAGUGCCUGACUCCGCCCUGCCCACAGCGCCAGCCAGCUUUGGACAGAAAGACAUACAGACUGAUGACUGACUGAAGGCAACAGAGAUUUGGUCGGAAUAAUCCGACUGGCAGCAUGGAGGAGGAUCUGUGCUGGAGCGAAGCCUGACGCCAUCUCCAGUUUGGAGCGGGUGCUGUGGGCACUCUCCUGGAAGAGCGUUUGCAGACAGCCUGCCCUGCGCUCAGCUGCUCAGCUCUGCGCACUUGCCUACCCAGAGCAGGUCUAGUCUUUUUUGCUGGUUCCUGGUAUUUCUUCCCUCUCCCUGAUCCAGACACCUCAGCUCAGAGCUCUAGGGCACUGAAUAGAUUGCCUGGCUGUUUGUCCACGGCCUUAACUUGUGCUCUUUCUUUUUUGAGAGCCUCCUGUGUGAGUAGCUUAAGGUCCCCAGGGUCCUCUAAAGGCACUGGGAUGGAUGCUCCAACCACAGAUUUGCCCCAGGAGGCUUUCCAGAGCCCUGGCACCAUGAGCUAUGGGGAUGAGCUGACUCCAGAGGCUCUGAGUGUACCUAGUGGUUUUGAUGACUUGAUCACCUCUACCACCUCCCAGGUGCUUCAGGCCGCAUCCAAUGCUGCAUCUGCGGUGGGACAUGCUGGCCGCAAUGGCAUGUUGUCCAAGAUGGAUAAGUUAGCAGACCACAUGUCAAACACGGGGGACCUGGCUGACACAUCAGGUCCCCUAGAUUUGGAAAUUGUAUCCCAGGAUGAGCAGGUGCAAUUCUGGUUAGUGGUAGGGUACACCAUAGUGGUCUUUGCUGCCAUCAUAGGCAACUGGGUCUUAAACCACAUCAUUAUGAAGUAUAAGAGGGUACACACUGCCACCGGCCUCUUCGUUGUCAACAUUUCUGUGACCAACAUGAUGCUCGCUCUUCUCAGCUCUCCUUUCACUAUGGUGCGCUAUCUGUGUAAUUCCCUGGUGUUUGGAAAGAUGACAUGUCACCUCAGUCGCUUUGCCCAGUACUCAUGUGCCUAUGUAACUGUGAUGAGCAUGGCAGCUAUUUCCCUGGAUCGACAUCGGGUGAUGCUAUAUCCUCUGAAGGCCCGGAUUACUCCCAUGCAAGGCAAUGUCUGCAUCAUCAUCAUCUGGAUUGUGAGCACUUGUGCUGCUUUGCCACAUGCCGUUUACCAGAAGCUUUACCAAGUGGAAUUUGGCAACACAACAGAGGAAUCUGCCUGCCUCCCAAGUUUCCCAUAUACUUCUAAGUCCACAUGGAAAUACCUUGACCUGGGCACCUUUCUGCUGUUCUUCAUCUUGCCUUUGCUGGUGCUGGUGGCUGUCUAUGGUCAUGUGGCCAAAAAGCUGUGGAUCCAUGAUGCUGUUGAUGACAUCAAUAUCCACACUUACAUCUGCCAGCGUGGGAAGAAGAAGCAGACCCUAAAGAUGCUGAUGACAGUGGUGCUUCUGUAUACAAUCAGCUGGCUCCCCCUCAACCUCUACCUGGUGCUCCUGUCCAGUGAAUCCAUCUCAAGCCACAAUGGUCUCUACUUUUUCCUCCACUGGCUAGCAAUUAGUAGCUCCUGCUACAACCCCUACAUUUAUUGCUGGCUCAGUGAUAGUUUCCGUAUUGAAGUUCAGAAAGUCAUCAUGGAAAUCCAGAAGAUGCUACUAGAUAAAAUCAGCCGCCUCAGGGGAGAGCAUCGCCGACUGAGCUCUGUAUCUCACACCCAAACCCCUGGCAGUGUGGAUUCCAAUCCAGGAGUGCCCAAAUUCCCACGAUUCAAAGAUUUCGAUGAGCUGCCCAGUCCCCCUCCCUCCCCAGCAGUGGAAAUCUCCUUUCUUCAUUCAGUGCCUAGAGUUUAAGCUGCCCAGACCGCGUUUGACUAUCAGUUCUCAAAAUAUCUAAGCUUACAGACAAUUUCAACUCAGCUGAAGAGAGGAGGAGGAAGAAGAAAUGAUACCUCAUCCUGUCACUGCCAUUAGUCUGGAGAUGAUGUUUUAAGGUUCUUUGGCAGCAUCCAUGGUGGCAUGUGUCAAGAUGAUACCAGGAUGAGAGUUGAACUUGUGGUCCUCCUCAAUUUCCUCUCUUCUUCUUUGUCUCUUCCUCAGUAUCUGUGGCCUCCCCUUGGUCUCACCCCACCCCUUUCCUAACCUUUGUCCAUUUCCUCCUCCUUGCUCCUGUUCUACCUUCUACAUAGCCUUCUCUUCUUUCACUUUCUUCUCUAUUUUCAUUUCUUUUUUUUCAGUAUAAUCUUUCUUCUUGUUUAAAAAAUCUUAAAAAUGACAAGUUAUUUAGUCUCUACUGAGAUAUCUCCUGGUUGGUAAGGGAAGGACAAGUAUCUGGAGUCAGGAAAUUAGGGAAUGGAGUUAGCUUCUGGCUACUCUUGUUUUCACUGAGUAAAAAGAUGUGGUGGUUUUGGGGGGUUCCAAACUUCAAAUGUUUCUAAUAAAUUACCAUACUUGCUAUAGCGUUGAAUUCCUUUUUAGAUAAAGGACAAAUUGGAGGGAAAGACUAAUUCAAGUUUAAAUAAUUUCCUUUCCAUUGUCUCUUUUAUGUAUCCUUUUCAUCCUUUUAAUUUAAUCCUGUCCUAUUAUUAAUAACCCACUUACAAAACAAUGAACUUAAAGUAUAUGAAUACAUAUUUGGAGUAGCUUUAGGCUGUGAACAUGACUGAAUCUUCUAUUUAUUACCAUUGUAAACUGCCAACCUACCUGUGAUCUUUUGGCUUCAGCUGUUUUGGGAAUUAGUAAGUAGUCUUUGUGAGUAGUGAGCUCUGCUUGUAUAUUUUUUCAACAUGCUCUGUAAAUACUUCUGAUUGUCUUAAGGACAGAUAUAUGUAUUUCCUUUUCACUCACCAUUUGAUAGAAUAGAUAUUUCCCAGAAUAAUAGGCUGCCUGCUUGUGGUUCUGCCUCCCCACAUGGAGAAGGCAAAGUUGAAUUUGCUUGAGUACCCCAAGUUUCUUAGAAGCAUUGUACCUAGCUCUGAUAGCCUUCUUCUCCUGUUUAGACAGGAGAAAUUUGGGUAAAAGGGCUACCAUUGUGUUUUAACCUAAUGUUCUAUCCUCCCUAAGAAUGCACUUCCCCACCCCUAUCCCUAUUCUAUAGACAGAAUCAAACUUCUUUCACCCC